GCGGUCCGGGCGCCAUGGCCGAGGCAGCGGAGCGGCCCCCGGAGGAGACGCUGUCGCGCUGGGCGCGGGAGCAGGCCCGGCUGCGCGCGCUCGUGCUGCGCGGCGACACCGAGCCGUGGCAGCGGGGGCCCGGCUUCCCGGGGCUGCAGCGCGUCGGUGGCGUGGACGUGUCCUUCGCGGGCGACGGCGACCCCCGCGCCUGCGCCUGCCUGGUGGUGCUCAGCUACCCCGAGCUGGAGGUGCUGUUCGAGGACCAGAGCGUGGUCAGCCUGACGGCACCCUACGUGCCCGGCUUCCUGGGCUUCCGCGAGGCGCCCUUCCUGGCCCAGGCGGUGCAGCGGCUGCGGACCCGGGCGCCCCACCUCAUGCCCCAGGUCCUCCUCGUGGACGGCAAUGGGGUGCUCCACCACCGAGGCUUUGGGGUGGCCUGCCACCUUGGUGUCCUCACAGACCUGCCCUGCGUCGGGGUGGCCAAGAAGCUCCUGCAGGUGGAUGGGCUGGAGAACGAUGCUGAGCACAAGGAGAAGAUCAGACUCCUGCAGGCGCCUGGGGACUGCUUCCCCCUCGCCGGUGCCUCUGGGACUGUCCUGGGCAUGGCCCUGAGGACCCAUGCGCUCAGCACCAAGCCCCUGUACGUGUCCGUGGGUCACCGGAUCAGCCUGGAGACGGCCGUGCGCCUCACGCUCAGCUGCUGCAGGUUCAAGAACCCAGAGCCCGUGCGCCAGGCUGACAUCCGCUCCAGGGAGCAUCUCCGCACGAUGGUGGACCCCGCGCCCCUCCGCAGCAGGAGCCCACGGGCACCAUCGCCACCGUCCUGUCCCCAGGGAGGCGUGGAGGAGCCAGGGGGAAGAAGCAGCCGCCCCACCACGCCCCUCCCCUGCUGCUAGAAUACAGC